AUGGCCGAAAAGUUGGACAAAGUCAAAGUAAAGAAGGUUUUUGACACCUUCGAUUAUAAUGGCAAUGGUAUACUGUCUCUCGCCGAAAUCGAUAGAGCUGUCAUUGAGCUCUACCCGCACCUCGCAGAAGAUAAGCCUGCCAUCAUGCGGGCAUAUAAAGCCGCGGAUACUUCAAGGGAUGGUUUCAUCGAUUUCAAAGAAUUCGGCCGCCUCAUAGAUCUUCUUUUUUACUAUGAUGAAAUAUACAAAUUGUUUAGUAAACUUGAUAGAAACCAUGACAGACGUGUCAGUUUUGAGGAGUUUCAGAAGGGACAUGAACUCAUAGGGAUUCAUACGCGUUCGAAAGCAGAGCUAAAGGGGGAAUUCGAUGCGAUCGAUACGAACCAUGGAGGGUAUAUUCUCUUUGAAGAGUUUUGCAUUUAUGCUGCCAAGCAAAAAUUAAUUGCAUCACCGGAUGAUUACGAUAAUCCGACGCGUCUUACAAACUGCAAUGUUUUUUUAAUUAGGACAGUUGUAGCUGUUUGGGAUAGCUCUACAAUAAUAACCUCUUCACCUACAACAAAACAUCUUCCUUCAACCAAGCGUAUCUCGAUUGAUGGAGCUAAGAGUAUUCAAUCAUGCCCUUUUAUACUCGAAUGGAUAGAAUAA